CUCGACCCCUUAUCGCCGUGCAAACUCUCAGUCUGUCGCGCAUUCGUCGUAUCUGAUUAGUUUUUGGAACGUCGCCAUCGAAAAUGCCGGUUCUGCUGCGGGCUGUGCUUUUGCUCUGGGCAGUAGCCAUGGCCCCAAAUGUUUGGGCCGAACUGUGCGAUAAUGGCACCGGCGAGUGCAAAAAUUUGACAGCGACAGACUGCCCGACAGUCUUCGACAACUUGGCCGCCAUUGGGCCCGGUGCCCUCAAGUACUGCGAUCGUAAGUACGACAUCAUUUGCUGUCCCUUGCCACUGUAUAAGCAAAUCCAGAACCAGAAUUCGAAUAAUGUCGAAAGCAGCAGAAGAUUCGAAAAGGAAUGUCGUCGCUUCAAUGAGAUGAGGUCUUCCUGCCGCACGACUCCAUUCAUUGUGGGCGGCACGAAGGCCGCUGGCCGUGAGUUUCCCUUCAUGGCCCUGCUAGGGCAACGCCAGAGGGGAAGUACAACCAUCGACUGGGACUGCGGCGGGUCUUUGAUCCAUCCCAAGUUCAUUCUAACCGCCGCCCAUUGCCUGGAGACAAACGAAAAGAAAGAGGAGCGCCUGGAUCCCAAUUUCGAUUCACCGAAGUAUGUUGUGCGGCUGGGGGAACUUGAUUACAACAUCGAGACGGAUGAUGCCCAGCCUCAGGACUUCCGGGUGGUCAAUUAUGUAGUGCAUCCCGCCUACGAUGAGGAGGAUAACGGCAGCCGCAAGAACGACAUUGCCCUCGUGGAGCUAGACAGAGCGGCAGUCUUUAACGAGUAUGUGGCGCCUGUAUGCCUGCCUCCGGCCAGCGGUAACGAGCAUCUCCAGCUAACGGCCGCAGGCUGGGGAGCCGUCAAGGAGGGCGGACGUUCCUCCUCGCACCUGCUCAAGGUGAACCUAGAGCGCUUCAGCGUGGAGCAGUGCUGCCAGCGACUGGAGCAACAUAUCGACAUACGCACUCAGCUGUGCGCCGGCUCUCGGUCGAGCAAUGCCGACACCUGCUACGGCGACUCUGGCGGGCCUGUCUUUGUGCAGCACUCAUCAUUCGCGUGCCUCAAGCAGAUCAUUGGCAUCACCUCGUACGGUCUGGUGUGCGGCGAGCAGGGACUGCCCAGCGUCUACACGAAGGUGCAUCUCUACACGGACUGGAUCGAGAGCAUUGUGUGGGGCGAGUAGGAUCAGGCGGUUCGUAUCAAAAUCAGUUUUGUUAGCUUUAAUCAUAAAACAUUGCAGUAACAAAAAUGUAUAACAAUUGUA